AGGCACACAUGAUCUGAAAACAGAGGUGGGUUUUCUACUUGCAGUGAAUGAAUCACACCCUGUGCAAUUCAUAUGGAGUCAAGUUGUAAGAUAUUUACCCUUGUAGAAAUUCAGGUCAAAGCUUUAUGAAGACGUCUUUUCUAGGUGGUAGAAAGUUUCAUUGAUCACAUCUGAAGGGAGAUAUGGAAAGUGUGUCAGAAAUACAUUCAAAGUGCAACAAUAAUUUUAAUGCGAAAAAAUAUCUGGAAGUUUAUUAUGGAGUCGAUCCCAAAACUCAGCAAGUGGACAUAGAAUCAAAGUUUGUUCUGGGGUUCCUGCAUGAUGUAUUUGCUUCAGGUCACAUAGCAGGAGACAGUUUGAUAGAAAUUGGGGCUGGACCUGUGUUAUAUCAUAUCAUGUCUGCUUCAGAACAAUUUAACAGCAUCUACAUGACUGAUUAUUGUGAAGAAAGUUUACAUGAAAUAGAUAAAUGUCUACACGGGCAAAAAGAUGCUUUUGAUUGGACACCAUAUUUAAAAUAUGUAUGUAACCUGGAGGGCAACAGGUCCACUCCUAAGAAUAAAAUGGAACAGAUGAAAAAGAAUAUUAAACUAAUGAAGUGUGAUGUCACGCUGGCCAAUCCACUGCACCCAAACACAGUUCCCCAAGCAGACUGUGUGAUAGUUGCAGGAUGCCUCAUAUGUGCUUGUAAAACCCCUGAUGAGUUCCGAAAUGCUUUAAAUAACAUUUCAUCCUUAGUAAGACCAGGGGGUUAUCUGAUUAUUGUUGACUACCUAGGUGCCUCCUAUUAUCUGAUUGGUCAAACAAGGCUGGAUCUUCUCUCACUUGAUGAGAACAUUGUCAAACAAAAUGUAAUGGCUGCUGGAUUUUCCAUAGAGGAGUUUAAGGUUGGAAACAACUUUGGCAUUCCCUAUGAGAUUUUUAAUUGUAAGGAGGUGUUCUGUCUCCUCGCUAAGAAGUGAAAAGAUAAAUAUUUACUAUUUAAGUUCUUCCGGACAGAGUUGCUGCAUCUGUUGGACAAGUACAAGAAUGUUUUCCAAUGAGCUGUAUUUGUUAGUGAGACAUAAUUAUAUGAAAAGCAUGAGACACCAUGGCUUAUACUGGACUAUUGCCCAGUGUCAUCUCUCUGAACAGGUCUGUACUGGCAGUCUCUGUAGGAACCUCUACCAAAAGUACCUGUACUUAAAGUGUGACAUCAUGAGUUACUUUUCACAUUUCAUUUGGAAAACGUUUCAAAUAAUAAAAGGAGCCUGCAAAGAG